UAAGCGAAUUUGACGCCACACGUGUAAAAAGCCCGAAAUUGUAGGCAUGCUUUUGCGUCUCGAAAAAGUUCUUGCGUCCCAUUUCGUUAGUUUUCAGUUUUCCAGUCAAAACUAUAAAUUUUUGUAAUGUGCGGAAGUGCGAAAUAUACGAGGAACUUUGAUUUAGUGAUGACACAGUGUUAAAAUCGCAAUAUUAAAUCAUAUAGCUCCGCUGCUGGAAUCAUUUUGACAGCUGAAAAAUUGUCCUUAUUUUAGGAAUUAUUUUACGAUUCUACGAAAUGCAUCGGACAGAUGUCAGAGUUUCUCGUACAUUUUACAGAUUUCAAGAAUACAAAAAUAUUUUUCUUGUGGGGAAAAGGUGAAAAAUAAAGCUGUGAGACAUAAGAAUUUUACAUCGUGUCGUUCCUCGCCUGAGACGUCACAAAACCAAGAUGAAUCACCAUUUUGAUCAUUGCAUCCAGCAUUGCAUUCACGAUCAAGAACGAAUAUGAAAGCCCUCAGAAUUUUUGCACCUUCCAAUAUAUCAUCAGGAAGUGUUCUUCAAAACAAAUUGACGCAGAAAAGUGUUAAAUGCGUUAACAUAAUGGCCAAAGCAAUUUCGACAGUUGAUCCAAAAGAGAUUGAUCAUCUCUCUGGUUGGAAGAACUCAUGGUGGGAUGAGAACGGUGUAGUAAAGCCACUUCACACAUUUAACCCCGUCAGAGUAGAAUUCGUUAGAAAAAGUUUGGCCAAUACUGGUUUCAAAUCACAAAACCUAGCUCUUCCGUUGAACGGAAUCAAGAUCGCGGAUGUUGGCUGUGGCGGUGGUAUAUUGACCGAGUCUCUGGCUAGAACAGGAGCGCAGGUGACUGGGAUUGACGCAGCUACAGAUUUGAUCAAUAUUGCUAAAGAGCAUGUGAAACUAGAUCCUGACAUAUCGGAUCGCGUUACUUACUUCUGCACAACUAUAGAAGAGUUUUCUCAGAAUAACAAGGAAUCAUACGACGCCCUUAUAACUUCCGAGGUUGUGGAACACGUGACAGAUCCUGAGCUGUUCCUAAAGGAAUGUGUAAAGGUUCUGAAACCCGGCGGAUCAAUCUUCGUGACGACAGUAAACAAAACUCUGGCGUCUUGGUUGGGUGCUAUUAUAGUAGCGGAAUAUAUCUGGAAGCUUGUGCCUUGUGGCACUCACCAGUGGAAUAAGUUUGUCGCUCCUCAUGAAGUUCAACGUAUUUUAGAAAAAUAUGACUGCAAAACGAAAUUAAUUCAUGGUAUAAGAUUCAAUCCUCUGUCGUAUCAUUGGUCCUUCUCCUCGUAUAAAGGGAUUAAUUAUGCAGUUCAUGCAGUUAAGCAAAAGAAGAUUAAUGCAUAACUAAAUCGAUUGAUAACUACGACUACACUUUUUACUCUGCUACUUCAUCAGUGCACGUGCGCACUAACAAUAUUAAUACAUAGAAAAAAUAUAUACUAAACUCAGGCUUAUAUAUUUGUAACAAUAAAUGAGUUGGAAUAAAAAGAGCUGAGAGGAUAUGUACAGCUGUCACGUGGUAU